AAGAUGGAUUUUUGAUUGCUUCUCAGAAAAGAUGCUGUAAGAUUUAUUGUAAUUUAGCACAAAGGGAAAUAUUUUAAAUCUCAUUCAACCAAUGAGCCAAUUAGCCAUUGACCGUCUCUUGCAUCAUGUCACGCCGGAAACAGAAAAGACCUCAGCACUAUUUUAGCCCCAUCAUCAACACUUCGUGGCUACUUCAAAAUGAGAAACAGUUGGCAGUAAAGUCACUCUCCUCUACUCUUGCAAAGAACACUUCCUGCACUACCUUAUCCUCUACAACUCAGAGCGGCAAAUCUUCCUUGACCCUAAAUCCACCUGUAGGGAGGCUUACAACAACCUCUCUGGCCACUGCAACCCAUCCUGACACUCAUAUCCCCUGUCAACCCACAGAAUUUUCCUUAGACCUUGCCCAAAAUCCUGACAUCCCACAAUCCUGUUUUUCAAGCCAAUUUACUAAGCAGUGUAUUUCCACUGCUGCGCCAACUCUGCCCCCUACCCACUUCCACACCCAAUCACUCAUGGCUUCUCCAAAGUUAGGUGUGUCAGCUACUACAACCUCAUCUUCAUCCUCCUCUUCUGCUGCUUCUCUCUGCGCACCUCUACAUCAUGGAAGCCCCAGUCCUGUGCCUGGAGGUCCCCCAAGCCCAGUUACACCUUCAUCCAGCCCAAGCACAGUACCUCCAGCCCCAGCAUGUGCACCUAUCAGCAUCGCAUUCAUCCUCGAAGAGCUACGUGUGUUGCAGCAGAGGCAAAUCCAUCAGAUGCAGAUGACUGAAGAGAUCUGUAGGCAAGUAUUGAGGCUGGGGGGAGCUUCUUAUGAAUUGGAUUCAAUGCCAUUUAUUUUACCACCACUGCCACAGCUCUGUCUAAAGGGUUCUGAUAGCAACCCAAAACCUUCUCAGCAAAACUCAUCACCUCCCCCUACCUCAGUGGCUCCCCUUUUGGCCAGUUUCUCAUCCCUGCCUCCCCCUCAGACAACCGCUAAGCCCUCUAAACAUGCCUACCCUCUUUUGAACAUCUUACGUCCCCAUAAGACACAGUUUGAUAGUGGAGUAGUUACUCCAGCAAACUUCACCAGUCCUACAAGUACUCACUCUUCCACAUCCUCAUCAAUGUCCACAUCUGCUACCAUAAACUAUCCACUCACACCUUCCCUUGGUCUACCAACCCAAACUCAAUAUGAGAAAGCUUCUGACAUCACAGGAGCCAGAGGGAAGAGUAGUCAGACUUUUCCAAACCAAGCUAUGCAAGCAGCUGCUGCUGCCCCUUCAGCCCCCUCACAGAAUCCAAAACUUUCUGUGCAAGAAGGUAUGACUUUAUCAUCGGGGCGUAUGCAUCAUGCAUGUCGCUUUUGUCGGAAGCUCUUCAGCAGUGAUUCAUCCCUGCAGAUACACUUGCGCUCACACACAGGGGAACGUCCUUACCAGUGCCCUAUAUGUUUUAGUCAAUUCACCACACGUGGGAAUCUCAAGGUCCACUUCUUGCGGCAUCGUGAGCAAAACCCUGAACUCUCUUUUUCUUUGUUUCCGUGUUCCCUAUUUGCAUCUGUGACAGGGGCAUCCAUGGGAGGAUCAGCACAAACACAAACUAUGUCCUCCACUAGCAUGAGUGCUGCUCAGAGGCAUCAGAAACCGCAAGAAGCGGAUGAUCUGUGUGGUGAGAGUCUUGAGGGUGCUACUGCCUCACCACGUACCACAACUUCAUCUCUUCCUCUGCCUCCUAGUAUUGAUUUGGCCCUGCUGACCACAGCACACUCUCUCCUUCAGCUCAACCGUGCUGCUGCUGCAGCUGCUGCGGCCUCUACAUCCUCUACCUCUUCAAUCACACCCUCAUCCUCUUCCUCUCUUGUCUCCACCCUGCUUUCAGCCCCUGCCUCAUCCACUUCGUCUGUUGCUGGGCUGUUUAAAGGAGUGAAACAACAGUGCUUUGAUGAGAACACCCCUCCAAUACCUUCCCUACUCCCACAUUCUGCUUAUUCUCAGCUUGCCAGAUUACCCAAAAUCUUCUUCCCGGCAUCUUCCAGCCACCAUCAUCCAGGCCAUGGGCUUCUCAGGCCCACAACUCCAACAGGAUCCUUUCUGACAACCCCACAACAACAGGUUACAUUCCCUUUCACAGCCUCUAGCACUGCUCCAUCCAUCUCCACCUCAAUCUCAGACACAUCAAAACUGCAAAAACUGGUAGAGAAGUUAGAGAAGGAGCCACAUGGACAGUCCCACUGGGUUUCAUCCUUUGGGGAGACUUCUACCAGUAGCUACAGCACAACAGGUGGUUUAAGCUAUAGCAGCAGUAGUUUAAUGAGCACAAGAACAUUCAGUACAAAUGCAAACACUGCACUUUCAUCAUCUACCGUCCAGAUACCAUCAUCUAUCUUCAGAAAGGAGUCACCUUAUCUGGGUCUUAUGAAUUCUGCUGGAGCACUUGCCCCUAAUCAGUGCAGUGUGUGUCUUCGGGUGCUAAGCUGUCCAAGAGCGCUACGUUUGCACCAGGCCACCCAUUUAGGCGAGCGCCCCUUCCCCUGCAAGCUGUGUGGACGUUCCUUCUCAACUAAAGGAAGCCUUCGAGCUCACCAUGCCACGCAUCGAGCACGCCCACCAAACAGUCGUGCACAAAAUUCUUGCCCCUUAUGUCAGCGGAAGUUUACUAAUGCCCUUGUGCUGCAACAUCAUAUUCGCAUGCAUUUAGGAGGACAGUUGCCACCAGAGCAUGAUACUUCAACAGAAAGUGAUACUUUAUCCCAAUCCCAGUCUAUUGAACUCCCCGCUUCAGAGAUCAGCCCUAGAACUUCCGAUGUUCAGGUACAACAUGCUGAUCUAGAAACAGAUUCUAAAUGCUCCAUUAGUAGUCAAACUAACCCCCUCGAGGUCAGUACUGCUCUCACAAUAUGUCCCACAACCUCCAGUCUACCUGGUCCACUUAGCCCAGGUCUUAUACCACCUUUUGACCUAAGCCCUGACCAUUCCCUGAAUCCAUCCCACUAUUUUCCUCCAUCAGGCAGAGCAGAUCCCCCUGUCCUCUCUGUCAGUAUAGCCUCUCCAAUAGAAUCUGCUGCAUCUCUUGUCCCUACCUUCACCCACCCAGUCUCAGCAAAAACAAGUCCUUCUGCCUCUGAUGAACUAUCUUUUGAACUUUCUAGCAAUACUGCUUUCCUAGGAGAUAUAGCAAUGUCCUGCUCCUCUGCUUCGGUGAAAGCCAGUCCACACAGAAAUGACUGUGAAUUUAGUGAAAAUAGAUCUUCCUUGCCUACUUCUGGAUCAAGCUCACAUUUGGAGGAUCUUCUUAGUAUACAAGCUCAUCAUGUGUCAAGAGUUCCUCUACCACAUCCAGCAUCAGAACUAGUGGAGCUUGACCAAGGCCUUGUUGAAACAUCCAAAUCAAUCCCCCAGGAGAUCUGUGAGGAUGAAAAUAGAGAAGAUAAAGCACACAAAACACCAAAAAACACUCAAAUGACAACUCCAGAUUUGAUUAUUAAUGCAAAUGUAGUAUCAGAUGCUUUAAACAAGACAAGUGGGGAUCCAGCUGAGACCGUGCCUGAUGAGCCUGACACACAAGCUGCGAAGACCAUAAUGGAAGCUCACUGUAGUUCAAUUGCAAAGGAUAAAGUUGACCUAAAAGAUACAACAGGAAUUGAAAAUGACAGAACAGAAUCUACUGUAUGCGUAUCUCUGACUCCCAGUCUUCCACCUCCCAUGCCAGAGAGAAAAACUUACCACUGUUCUGAAUGUGGAAAAGAGUAUGCAAGUCGCAGUGGAUUGAAGGGACAUAUGAAGCACCAUGGAGGAGUUGUCAAGGCUACUCGAACUCCUGCAAAAACUAGGCCCAGAGAGAGUGUUGCAUCACACAACCUUCCUACCACCAGGGCAUCAGUGAGCUUCUUGAAAGAGUUUCAAGCCCUCCUAAACAUCUACACACAUCAGAGCUUUUAACCAGAACUACAAAAGACCAUACGAAAAUGUUCUAGAUCUUGCACCCAGAUCUUACUUUAUUAUUGAAAUACUUUUAUUUGUAAUAUAUGUUAUGCAUAUAUGUGAGUGCUUGAUGCCAUUUAACUGCAGUCAAUUCUUGGAAUGUAACGUCUAAAUAUAUCCUGUAGUACUUCCUUGAAUAUUAUGCAAUGUUCUUUUUGAUGGCUGUAAAUUGUUUUGUCAGUGUACAAGUUUGUCAUGAUGGUUUUGUUUGUUUUUAUCAAAGUGAAAAUGUAGAGGUAGUUAAGAAAUUGCUUUGUUUUAGGAACAGAUAGAAAUGAAGUAAUUAUUCACUGAAAAUGUUGUCCUCCACCAUUCCUCUGAAAUCUCAUUCGUGCUUGCACACAUUUUGAUUUGACUUCACUGAUGUAACAUACUUUUGGUCCUUUCCUGUCAAUAUGGGCAAUUGGUUAAACAUGAACAAGUAUAAAUGAGAUUUAAAAGCUGUAUUGCCUUAGAGGGGAAGAUUUUCUGCAUAUGAUUAAAAUUUUGGUCUGUUUCUCAAAAAAGAUAAAACAUUAAGAAAAAUUGUAUCAGUGAACGGUUUGUUUAACUUUAAAGAACAACAAUAUUUUAAAACAAAUAUGCUGGGAUUUUUAAUCAAACUUAGUGAAAGGAUGGUCAAAUUUGGAGGGAGUGUUUUUAAAAUUAAGAGUCAUAGAAUCAAUUCUUAUUGAAUCUAAGCAGUUUGUGGAGCUAUGUGGAUGUAAUCAAGCGUUAGCCAAAAUACAAGCUCUUGCCAAUUCUUGCAAAAUACUAAAAAGCUUUGGCAUAAUCCUUAAGUUUUUAAUAGUUAUGGUGAAAAAUAUAUUCUGUUUAAAUUGUUAUAUGUUAAAUGUUUUAUAAUUCUACUUAAUCUUUUGGCUUUUAAUUGGCGUUAAGGAACAUUUGGAUCAGUUCUAAAAUGAAGAAAACACACAAAAAAAUAUGUAAAUGACCUGUCAUCCUGUCUAUUGUGUUCAUGUUUGUCCUGUUCAGCUGUACAGUGCUUGAUAAUAUACUGCUCUUGACACCAACUAGACUAAAGAGUCAGUUGAGAUUGUUUAACAUGCCUGUAUCUUAGUCAGAGUAAGCUUUUGUUACUUAAUUUCAGUGUAGCUAUUGAAAAAAGCAGAAAUAAAUGUACUCACUCUGAGAUGAAACACUAGCUUAAAAUAGAUUUCUAUAUUUCUUGGUGGCAAUGUUUGUUUAUGGUGGUGUUUGUUCUUUGUCUGGAUACCUUUACAUAGGAUUUCCAUAAUGUAUCUUUCUUAGAAAUGAAUUGGGUGUAUGAGUCUGAGACUGUGAAUUGUAAUUUCAUAGUACAGAUAAAAGAAAAAAAGUUAAUAAAAAC